AUGCGGGUGAAAGAUCCAUCCAAAGCUUUAUCUGAGAAAGCCAAAAGGAGUAAAAGGCCUACUAUACCUCAUGAUGAAGAUUCUUCAGAUGACAUUGCUGUAGAAUUAACUUGCCAACAUGUAAGUCAUGCUGUCAGUAUGAAUCAUGUAAAGAGAGCAAUAGCUGAGAAUCUGUGGUCAGUUUGCUCAGAAUGUUUAAAAGAAAGAAGAUUUUGUGAUGGACAGACAGUACUUCCUUCUGAUAUAUGUCUGUGCCUCAAGUGUGGUUUUCAGGGAUGUAGUACGAACUCAGAAAGCCAGCAUUCUCUGAAGCACUUCAAGAGUUCCAGAACAGAGCCCCAUUGUAUUAUAAUUAGUCUGAGUACUUGGAUUAUAUGGUGUUACGAGUGUGAUGAAAAAUUAUCAACACAUUGUAAUAAGAAGGUUUUGGCUCAGAUAGUUGAUUUUCUCCAGAAACAUGUUUCUAAAACACAAACAAGUGUAUUUUCUAGAUUCAUAAAACUUUGUGAAGAAAAAUGUGAAACAAGUGAAAUAAAGAAGGAAAGAAAAGGCAGCAGUGUACCAUCUGUAAAAGGAAUUAUGAACUUAGGAAAUACUUGCUUUUUUAAUGCAGUCGUGCAGAACUUGGCACAGACUUACAUUCUUACUGAACUGAUGAAUGAGAUCAAAGAAAAUGGUACAAAACUCAAGAUUUUUGCUUCAGACUCUCAGCUGGACCCAUUAGUGGUGGAACUUUCAAGCCCUGGACCACUGACCUCAGCCUUGUUCCUGUUUCUUCACAGCAUGGAGGAGACUGAAAAAGGACCCCUAUCUCCUAAAGUUCUUUUUAAUCAGCUUUGUCAGAAGUGGGUGCAUCUACGUUUUUAAUAUAAGUAAUCAUGAGUUACAAAAUAGUAGGGUAUCCAUCACUUAAUAUGAGUAGUUUCACUCUUAUUGUGAUAUUGGUGUUAUUGCCCAGACUAUCAACCAAAAGAACUAAUAUUUGUUUAUUGCAGUUCUGUGCUUUAUGUAAAUUAUAUCUCAUAAUCCUCUGAAGGAGUGAUCAUUUAUCCCCAUUUUAUAUAUAAAGAAAUGGAGACUCACAGAAAUUAAGUAGCUCACCUAGUCUCAGAGUGACAAAGCUGGGAAUCAAGUAGAGAUCUGUCCUCACUCAGAAGCCCAUGAUGUAAUACCAUAAAGUAAGAAAAUCAUAAAAUUAUAAAAUGUAGAAAGUACAAUAAGAGAUGAUCUAAUCUAGCUUUCUUAUUCUUAAGGAUGAGCUUUGAGGCAAAUAGAAUUUAAGUGAAUUUCUCAAGGUAUUAUAGUACGUUUGAAAGCAAAAUCCUUAUGUACCAUGAAGGACCUGAUUGAACUUUAAUGCAUUCAUUUACUUUUUAACUAAAAUUUUGAGAGCUUACUUUGUGUCAGUUACUUGCUAGAAUCCAGAAGUACACAAUGUAUAAUAUAUUAAAAACAGACCGUGUCCUCAUGGAGCUCACAAGCUAGUCCAGUCCAUGUCGGGUCUGCUGCCGGCCGACCUGAACAGCUCUUGCCUCACUAUCAGUCUCCCUUGGUGUUUCUUCUGGUGGGCGAGCGAAUUGCCCAGAUUCCUCUUUCUCUCUGGUCCCCGUUGGAAGGAGACGGGGAAGAGAGUCAUGAACAGGGGUGAGCAUAGCCGCUGGCCCCAACCAGCCCGUUAAAGGACACUCAGAUGUGGUGGGGGUUCUGUCCAGCAGUUCCGU